UGUGAAUUUAGGGUUGCAGCCGAGCUAAAAGAAAAAUAAGCAAAACAGCAAAGAAGUAGGCGCAGUGAGAAUUGCCCAGCAGUACGCAGUAAUCGUUGAAAAGAUACGCAAGCAGGCACAAAGCGAAAAUCAAUCGCUGAUACAUUUAACGUUGCAAACAGCGCGACGGGCGUGAGAAGUGGUUGAAACCAAAAAAAAAAAAAAGCCACUAGCAAAAUGCAAAAAAUAUAUUGCCGGGGCCGAACGGCGUUGGCCCUACUGUUAGCCUGCUGUUUAGUGAUUGGCACAGCCGGCUCCAAUGCAGAUAUCGAUGAUUUUGACGACGGCAUCGUUGAAGAUGUGCAGGAGGUAGCUGCUGACGCAGUCUCAGAAGAGCUGGUCUACGAGAGUCCCGUCAUCGAGCCCAGAAAGUUCCAUUUUGCCGAUCAUUUCGAUGAUAUUGAGGCAUCCCGCAAGCAGUGGAUCCACUCGCAGGCCAAGAAGGACGACAUUGCCGAGGAAAUAGCUAAAUACGAUGGCAUCUGGAACUGGGAAUCGCCACAGCGCAUUGUCUCGCCCAAGGAUAAGGGCCUGGUGCUCAAAUCGAAGGCAAAGCAUGCCGCCAUCUCGGCCCGUCUCACCAAACCGUUUGAAUUCAAAGCCAACAAACCGUUGGUGGUACAAUAUGAGGUCACAAUGCAGGAGGGUCAAGAGUGCGGUGGUUCGUACAUCAAGCUAUUGUCGGCGGGCAAGGAAACCGAUGAUCUGACCACGUUCAAUGACAAGACACCGUACACCAUUAUGUUUGGGCCGGACAAGUGCGGCAACGAUGUGAAAAUGCACUUCAUAUUCCGUCAUGUAAAUCCAAUUAACGGCACCAUAACUGAAAAGCACUGUAACAAACCAAAGAAUCGCUUGGAGGAACCAUUCAAGGACAAGCUACCGCAUUUGUAUCAGCUGGUCGUCCGACCGGACAACAGCUUUGAGAUACGUCUGGACCACAAGAUCAUCAACGAGGGCUCUUUGCUGACUGACUUCAAGCCACCCGUCAAUCCACCCGCAGAGAUCGAUGAUCCUACUGAUCAGAAGCCAGCUGAGUGGGAUGAGCGCGAGAAGAUACCCGAUCCAACGUCACAAAAGCCAGAUGACUGGAAUGAUGAUGCUCUACCACAGAUACCCGAUGUGAAUGCUAUCAUGCCUGAAGGAUGGCUUGAGGAUGAGCCGGACAUGAUCUCGGAUCCCACUGCCGUGAAACCAGAAGACUGGGACACUGAAAUCGACGGCGAAUGGGAGGCUCCUCUAGUCGAUAAUCCGGCAUGUGAAAAGGCCCCUGGAUGCGGCAAAUGGAAGGCACCACACAUUCCCAACCCAGAGUACAAGGGCAAAUGGCGGGCCCCGAUGAUUGAGAAUCCCAAUUACCAGGGCAAAUGGGCACCUCGCAAGAUUGCCAAUCCCGACUUCUUUGAGGAUCUGAAACCAUUCAAAAUGACGCCAAUUAGCGCUGUUGGUCUCGAACUGUGGUCCAUGUCCAAUGAGAUACUCUUCGACAAUCUUAUCAUUACGGACGAUGUGGAUGUUGCCCGUGACUUUGCCGCCAACAGCUUUGAUAUCAAGCGCCGUUACAUUGAUCGGGAGUCGGAUUCAUUCGUGAAUAAGGUGCUUGAGCUAGCCAAGACCUAUCCCACGGCAUGGGGCCUUGGCUUGGUAGCCUUUGUUGCGUUGACUGUCGUCGGCAUCUACUGUAGAUUUGGCAAGGCUAAGACUCAGGACUCGGCAGCAUCCGCUGCCGCCGCUCAAGCCAAGAAAACAGAUGAACCACAGCCCGAUGAUGUGAAUGAGCCCAAUGGUGAGGAGGAUGAGAGCGAGGAAGAUUCAUCAGCACAGGCGGCUGGUGAAAGCUGUAAGACAGACGCCUCAAAGUCUGCUAGCCCCAAAAAGAAUAAAAAGUCUGAUUUAGAUAUUAAAGAGCAAGUUAAGCAGGAUGAGAACAGCGACGAGCCCACACAGACUGAGGAAUCCACCACGAAAUCCGCUCGCAAACGCACGGUGCGCAAGGAUUAGGAAGAAUGCAGUAAAAGCAUCUCGGAUUCAUAUUCAUACUUGAAAAUUAACCUAAUUCCAAAAUGCAAUUGAAAUCUUAUAUGAAGAACAUAGAGUGAACCAACAACACAUCAUGUUUAAUAUUCAUUAACACUCAGCUCCGGAAUCGAGAAACACCCACGAUCACAAAAGCAUGCCUCAUACCAAAACUGUUGUUGGUAGUUCCACAGUUGAUAUCACAUACAGCUGCUAAUUUAGUAUACUAGUUUAUGUGGUUUGGUUUAGUUUUCUUAUACGUACGCGUAAAUCUGUAUUAUCAUUGUAUUUCUAUUUCUGUUGUAUAAUCUGCACACACACACACGCAACCCUGGUAAUUGAUACUGUCUUAAAUCGUGUUCUAAUUUUAAUUUUGUGCUCUUCAAUUUUCAACGAAAUAUAAUAAAACUAGACAAAUGAGGGAAACAAAGAUAAUGAAACCAAUAAGCGAUACGUACUCCAUUAGAGAGAAAAGGGGAAACAUUUAGUUUAAUAUUAUGUAAUUUAAACGAAAUUUAUAAAUACGCUAGUUAUACUCAGAGUUUAAACAAUUUCCAUUUUUUCAUUUGUAACAAUGAAAGCUACAGCGUAAAUAAAACUGAAUGUCAAAACCAACUGAA